GAAAAGAAAUUGUUUGAAAGAAUGUCUAAGCAUCCAUGCAUACCAUGGUGUGUCAUAAAGUGUUUCACUGCUGAUGAGAAGAAGGAUUUUGAAUUGAGACUAGAAUCAAGACUAACUUUAGAUGAGUUAAACGAAUAUGUUCAGACAAAAUGUGGGGACAACUACCGAUGCUACAUUUUGCGGGGUACUGGAACUCUGAAAAAACUUAGACGAGAUAGUGAAUUUCAGGCUUUGGUGAUUCAAUGCAAUAAUGAGGUUGAGCUUUACAUAAAACAGUCUAGGACAUUGUCUACAUCCAAACAAAAUCUACAUUCAGUAACAUUUGGGAUACACAGUCAGAAACCAUUUGAUUCCUACAGCUCUAGUCUCUAUGGAGAACUAUUCAUUACACCCAAAGAGCAAGAACCUAAACCUACUUUUCAAAGAGGUCAUCGAAGAACAAAAUCUGCUCAUGCCACUUACCAUCAGCAGAAGCCAGAUCUCUACAUACCUGAACCCGCAGAGCCUCUAACACCCACUUCAAUUUCAAGUAGAGGACAUUUCUCGUUUUAUCCUAACACUGCUGGAGGGAUGUUUGUUCCUGCAGAUGGUGCUGCAACCCCAGACUCUGGUUUCCAAAGUCCAGAGCAAAUUUUUAGAAGUCACAGCCACGUGAACACCCACAGCCCUGAAAAUUCUAGUGCUACAUCAUCAACUUUAUAUGAAGGAGACAUCCCACGUCAUUUAGCUGAAGAACAUCCUACAGACAAUUUCAAAGAUCUUUCAGGUGAUGGCAGUAUUGCAAGUAUUUCAUCCAUUGAUGUCAUCGAUGCAGACCAUUUCUCUAAGACUGAAAAGAAUUCGAAGGCUGCAAAGAAUUCGUCUGUUCAUCUCACUCUACCUGAAAACUAUGUGGUGAAAAAAAUGAUUGGAAGUGGUGGAUUUGCAAAAGUUUAUCAUUGCAUUGAUCAUGAUACAGGGCGAGACUUAGCUGUAAAACAAGUAUUUUUUGAUGCUGAAUGUACUGAUUCAAAUAGAGAAUUGAAUGCAUUGAAAAAUGAGAUAUCUAUCUUGAAUAAGCUUGAGCAUCCAAAUAUUGUUGUGUACUAUGGUUCAAAUAUCAAAGAUGAGCAUUUCAAUAUAUUUAUGGAGUAUGUGAGUGGUGGUUCUAUGAGAUCAUUUAUCCAAAAUAAUGGCCCUCUCUCAAACAAAUACACAGUUAAGUGUCUGCAUCACAUCUUACUGGGAUUGUCCUAUCUACAUCAUGAAAACAUUAUCCAUCGUGACUUGAAAGCUGCAAAUGUAUUGAAGACAACUGAUGGCACCAUCAAAAUUGCAGAUUUUGGAGCAUCAAAAAGAUUUGACACUUUGCGUAGUAUAAAUGGAGCAAAUACUGUUGUUGGAACACCCUACUGGAUGUCACCUGAAGUCAUUCGAGCUCAGAGUUACACAAAUCGAGUCGACAUUUGGGGCAUUGGAGUAACUGCUUUUGAGUUUCUUUCUGGGAAUCCACCUUUCUACAAUUUGGAACCUUUGGCGGCCAUGUUUAAGAUUGCUCAAAAGAAAAUGCAGAAUGAGCUUUCUUUUCCAUCACAAGUCCCAGACAGCUUGAUAGAUUUUGUGUUAGUUUGCUUAGAGCAAGAUCCCAGUAAUAGACCGACAGCCGAUGUUCUGUUGAACCAUUCUUUAUUCUCUAAAGCUCUGUGAAUUUUGCUGUACUGUACUUUAUUGUUUUUCUAGUAGCUAGUACAGGCUCGUUAUUUGUAUUUUGGCAUUUUUGAAACAGUUUAUACACAUAUUUAUGUGGCAUUCAUUUUCAAAUAUAAUAAGGUAUUUAAACAUAAUGCAUUAUGUAGUUACAAAAAUUCUAGAAUUAAAAUCUCUCACAAGUUGUGUUCAAAAGAUGAAAUACUUUUUCUUUGUGGUGAUAUUUUUGGUUGGUAAAAAUACCGUUACUGCAAUGAAAUUAUUGAACACUGUAGCUUUUCAAAAAUAAUUGUUUUUAGUUUUUUGGUUCUUACUGAGGGUAUAAUUUAUUUAGUUUAGAGCUAUUUAAUUAUGCAGUUUAUGCAAUCAUAUAACAAAAUUACUUAUAAAUAAUAAACAAUGAAGAUUUAAUUGACAAGAUUUGUAGCUUUUAAAAAGUAUGCCUCAAUCAU